AUGAACGGCUACUACAACUUGACAGAUGGAAGAUGGUCGACUGUUGACGCAUGGUGGCUCACAGGAAACGCGCUGCAGGCCAUCUUGGAUUUCAUGUACAAAACGGGUAAUCGGCAGUACAUGGACAUGGUCCUGAACACGAUCGAAAAGCAGAAAGAGCCUCUGCCAUGGUAUCCUGAAGGAGGAGGUAUAUUUCGAAGUGACUCGACAGAUGAUACGGGCUGGUGGGCGUUGGCCAUGGUACGCGCUUUCGACCUCACCGGUAACCAAAGAUACCUGGACUACGCCAUCUUGGACGAGGAGUACAUCUACAGUUAUUGGAACACCAGCAGCUGCGGUGGAGGUGUUCCUUGGCAGAUACCGACGCGAAGCUACAAGAAUGCGAUCAGCAAUGAGUUACAUAUCAAGCUAGCCGCGUCGAUACACAACCGCAUUCCAGGGGACAGGAUAUAUUUAGAGCGGGCCCUGCAGGCUUGGGAGUGGUUCAGGGGCUCCGGAAUGAUCAAUGCAGAUCAUCUAAUCAACGACGGCCUCGCAGAGUCUAAUGGGACUUGCUUUAAUAACGGCCAGACCACUUGGACGUAUAACCAGGGUGUCAUCCUCGGCGGGCUGACCGAGCUGUUUCGCGCUGUGGGGGAGCCGUCGUAUCUGGCCGAGGCAAGGGAGAUUGCGGAUGCAGUAAUAUCCAGCGAAACACUCUCGCCGAACGGCGUCCUCACCGAGCCAUGCGAUCCAGCGAUCGGCUGUAACGCCGACCAGGCCAAUUUCAAGGGAAUAUUUGCUCGGAACCUCGCCGAGCUCGACGCAGUGCUGGCCGAUCACCCAUAUCAUUCUUAUUUGGUGACCAAUGCCAGGACCAUGGUCCAGAACGACCGUAAUGCGACAGACUACUAUGGUAUAGAUUGGAGGGGGCCAAUUAUGAAUUCUACACUCGGGUCACAGAUCUCGGCGGUGAGCCUUCUCAGCACUGUCAUCUAA